UAGACGCUUCAAUGGCAAUUGUCAACAGAACAUGUUUUUCUUUGUUAUUAAAUGGUCUUCGGGCAGCUUUCGCAGCAACUCAGCGAAUACUCAGACGUACCUGUCCAGAAUUGCCUCACGAGUAUGACUCCAAUACAGCGGAUGUAGAAUCAUGCAUUUACAUUUGCCGUGACCAAGGAUUAUUCCGUUACUACGGGUACUUGGCGCCAGGGUACAGUUGUUCAGGCACAGAUGGGAGUGAAAAGUUUUCCGGGAAAUGCAGCGAAGGCGCUUGCAAGAAUGGGUCACGAGUCGACUUGUUCUUGGUGAAGAAAUGUGACGUCAAGAAUAUCACGAUUUACGGCCGUAGAGGAAACAGGGAACUGUCCAAAUCGUGUAUCUACGGAUGUGGACCAUACGAGAACGGUAGACUCCAUUACGGACAUCUGCCAGAUGGAGUCGGAUGUUGGCGCCAAAGUUCCACAAAGCGGACAUACAACGCUGGGUCGUAUUCCUCUGGGACGUGCAGCGGUGGAAUCUGUCAAUAGCUUCACCUGGAC